AUGAUGAUCUUGGGCUUUAAAUGUUUAUUAAACCAAACAUUAAAAUUAUCCCUUACAAGUUACACUAGGUUAUCUAACCAGUCAGCUAACUAUGAAUUUACUCAUAGUGAUAAUAGUAACUAUCACCAUAAUGGUAGUAGUAGUAGUAGUAGUAGUAGUAGUAGUAGUAGUAGUAGUAAUGAUGGUGGUGGUAGUAGCUAG